AAGGAAGUAAAGAAAAUGCGAAGUCAAAAAGUCGACACCGAAAAUGUUUACGGCAAGAUAGAUUAAGAUUAUUAUUAAUCAAUUAAGAAACAAUGGGUAAAGAUCAAGACUUGCUUGAGGCAUGUCGCACAGGGAAUGUUGCAACGGUGGAAAAACUUUUAGCGGGAAGACUUAGUGCUAAAAGAGGAUCUAAAACAUCAAUAGGUGGCGGAGGGGCUCUUUCCACCUUGUCCAAAAGGUUGCUAUGGAUUUAUAACAUAAAUAUUAAAUACUAAAUACAUACUGCAUGUGACCUGUGUGUAGUGUCGAGUGCCAUGGUUACUUUAAUAAUACAUUGCAUAGAUAGAUUCUUUAUGUUUAUUUAGCCCUAUCCAUACAUCAUAUGGCUAUGAUUACGAAUGAGUACUCUGACAUUAAAAAAAUAUUUCAUAGUAGAGUUCUCUCUCUGACCUGGUCCAUCCAGUCCAGCUCCUCAAAGUUCAAGAUGAAUAAAUAAAUUAUAUCAGUAAAAACAGGAGCACUGGGAUAAGCAUUUAUUCCAUACCCCGCAUUUAUCAAGAUUGGGUAGAGCGUGUUACCCUCUAUUGACUAUUUUAUGAUACUUUUUUUUUUCUUAAUUCAUCCCAACGGUUACGAAUGCCGAAUAAAUAUGUACUUGGGGGGUUCCUACGGAUAUGUCCAAUUGUGCACCGGUGUGUAGCAACACAGCUCUCUCAUUUUAUUUAAAUAUAGCUAUGAAAUUUCACAUUCAUCAAGACAUCUGGUGAUGGCAUGAUUCUGCUUGAUUACAAUUUUCAAAAAUGGAAGUUUUUAUCUUGUUUCACUUUCAUAAUGUAUGCUUUAGUGUGGUGCGUCUGUAUCUAGCACAUGUUCAUCCCAGGUGUCAAAAUCAAUAUUUUGGUCAUUGCUUGUUAUUUGUUCACUGUUAUGGCUUGUUAUUUGUUUGCUGUGUGCUGUAUUUGUUUUAUUUAACCUAAUUCAUUUCAUGAUGCAUUUAUAUUUAUUUCAUUAAUAUUAAUUAAUAUUUAGCAGCUAAAAAAAUAUUUGUAUUUCAUAUUUAAAUCAGUGGCAAAAGGGCGUUACUUCCCUUUGUUCAGGAAUAUAAAUUAAGCGAAAUAUGGAAAUAUCACUUCCAUCAGGAGUGAGUUAAAUAACAACUUUAUGUACCCUGGUUUAACCUUAAUAAUUAGCAUUGUUGUAACUUAAACUGUUGCCUUUUCUCCCAAUCUUUUCUAUACGCUGCUUCCCCUACUAAUCAUUUGACAAUUCUUUCACCUCUCUAUGAAUUGUUUUUCUAAGUUUUAAACAAACAUAACAAUCCAUUUUAAAUGAAAAUAAUGGAUUUCUAAUUUAUUACUGAAUUGCAAAGAAAGCUGUAGAAUUUAAAAAAUAAACAUAGACUAUAGCCUAUUACAAAAAUUAAAAAGUUAAUAAAGAAAUGAUUAAAUAUUAUAUAUAUAAACAUUUAUAUCAUAACUUAACUUAAUAAUGUUCUAAUAAUCCCUUUCCUUGCGACCCGUAAAUUGCCUUGAGCACUUCAGGUUUGGAAAACCUGAUAUAUAGUGUUACAAUCAAAAGCAAAGUUGCCAAUAAAUAACCUCUUAAAUAGCAGUUAAUCAGUUAUCAGCCUAUUUUGUAGAUUAAAAAAUUAGGCCUAGUGCCAGUAUUUUUCUCAUUAUUUGACAUUCACAUAAAAAUUUCUGUCGUUACAAAAGACGCACUAUUUAUAUAUAUUUAUUUUUGUUUACUACUGAGCCCUCAUAUCUCCAAGGUUUUUAUUUUUACCCCAUUUGGGGUAAUUCAUACAUGCCAACCUGUACAUUUUUUUUUUACUGGGCUUAGAAAAUAAAUAUUUUUGCACAACAUACACAUUCUAAAUUUUUGGUGUAAUAUAUUCAACAUUGGACAUCAGGAAGCUUAAAUCCAAUUUGUCCAUUCAAAAUGAGUGCAGUUUCAUUGAUAUCAUAUGUUAAUACCAAGACAGCGUAGUAGGGUAGUAACUACUUUGAGUAGUAAACCAUAAUUACAUAUCCAAUUACAACAAGAACUGCAGUGUUAGUAAGUGUUCUUUUAAUUUCUAAGAAAUGAUUAAAUAUAUUUAAUAACAUUACUAUCAAUGACUAGCAAUUGUCAUUAUUCCCAUUUAUUACUACAACAUGGUUUAAUAAUUUAUUUAACUUGUUUUGCUUUCCAAAAAUAAAAGCGGGUGGGAUCUUCUUUGUUGUACAACUUAUUUUAUUGUUUUUAAACUUAUAUCCUCUCUUAAAGUAAAAAAUGAUAUUUAUAAGUUGACUGUCGACCUAAUAACUUUGUCAAAACAGAAGUUUAUUUUACAAUGAUAAUUUAAAUACUAGAAUCUUUAUUACUAUUGCUAGCAUAAUUAACCGAAGAAUUAUGGCGAAAAUCAAAUAUAAAAACAAGCUAUUUUCAUUUAAGAGAUUCGAUCUAUCCAUUUAUGAAUGAAGUGCUCCUAGUGAAGAGAAUAUUGUUCAUUUUUUUGUUCUUGCUUUCAAAACAAUAUACUUUUUUCAGCUUUUCAUUUUUUUCUGUACAGCUUUUCAUGCUGUUGUACAGUCUUUUGGGACCUUUUGCACAAUUUUUUAUUCUAAAAGUUGGCAUGUAUGGGUAACUUAAUAAGCCUUGUAUAAAUUGUACAAAAUUGAUUUGUUAGGGAAUACAGGGAAAUACCUACACAUCAGUGGUCCAUGGGGAUGUAGGGGAUAUUAACUGGCACAUGCAGUGUCACAGGUAUAGGUAUGGGGACUACCCCGGGGCGAAUGUAUAUGUAUAUAUACUGUAUCUUUGUAAUUUAGGCUAAUUUACAUUAGAGAUUAUCAGUAAGAUGAUGACACCAUGUUUAAUUAAAAUACAUCCAGUUUUAGUAACAUUUUUUACGUAAUGAGACGUUGCACAUUAUUCCAUUUAAUGGCAAAAUUACUCUCACACAGCUUACUGAGUUUGAAGAGUGCCAAUGUCAAUUGUGCUGAUGGCAGUGGAGAAACACCAUUACACUUGGCUGCACUGAAUGGUCACAAGUAGGUUUAACAUUUUAUUUUGAUAUUGUUUUUUAUCAAGAAAGGAUAAUUAUUAUUAAAAUUUCCUGCAGGUGAUAACUUAUAAUCUAAUAGAAUUUUCAAAAUAUUGUGUUAUGAAAUCCAUUAGCCUCGGAGUGUUGUGGAAAGGGUGGGGGUUGGUCCAUCCAAGUCCGCAUUUUUGGGCCUGCUGAAUUUUAAAAAAAAAUGGUUUUAACGUAAAUUUGCAGGAGAAUAUAACACAGCAUGCAUUCAAACAUUGCUAAAGUUUAUUCAUCCCCUAUUAUAGAGAAAACAAGAAGAAAAAAUUGUGUUACAAAAUAGACAUCAUUAUUUUGCAUGUGAAAAAAGCCUGGUCUUAUUCUAUGGGCGGUCCAUUUCAGUGAAUGUCUUCAGAAAGCUGCAAAUUUUAGUCUUUUUGGUGGAGCUAUGGAUGAUAUUAAAUAAAAGGGAAAACUCAUGAAAGCUGGAAAGAAGAUACAAUUCGGGUAAAGCCAUCUUCUGCACAUGUAGAAUUUGAAAUGUAGAAAGUAACAUUUAGAUAUGGUUGCCUCAGAUAAGUGGGCUAAGUGAUGGCGGAUUCUAUCAUUCUUUUUUUUAAAGUUAAAAGCCCAUUUUUAUUUUAUUGAUACAUUUUUUUGUAUGGUAGCCUAUGUCAAUGCAUCCACUUUCCUUAGAUAUUGAUGCUAUAUUAAAGUAAGACCUUCCCUAGGUAUUUUUAUGGAAAGGGGGGGUGGGGUGGGAAUUGGCAUAUAGCCGUCUUAUGUAAAUUAUAUGUGUAUCUUCAGUUUCAAGAAGAAAAGUUUUCUGGUUUAUAAUUAAACAUUUUUUUUAAAUGGAAAAAUUUAAAGUUUGUUUAAUUUGAUAAAAUUUAAUAAUUUGUUGAACUUAAAUGACCUCAACAGAGGAAAGGAAUUUCUCAAAGUUAAAUUUCACUGGUUCCAGUGCUGAGUUAUCUCUCUAGAACACUUGACGUCUUUCCAACUAUAAACUUUAGAAACAACACUCUUUGAUCUCCUAUCUUCAAAAUCAGUGGGAUUCAUAGACAGACGAGUUGUCUUUGUUCCUUCUUUAUAUUUUAUUAUGUCUAUCUCUAUCUUUGUUUGCCCUGUCUUUCUCUAGAUUCUAGUCUUCAUUUCUAGUGCUGCUUUCAUGUGUAGCUGUGCAAGAAAUUACGUUAUAACAUCAGUUUACAUCUAGGAUGCUUACCACACAUUUAUUAGCAAAGAUCAGCUUUGUCUUUUGAUGGUUGCUUUCUUCUCCUCUGUGUUUUAUAAUAACUGUUGGAUAAUAAAUAAAGUGGAAGUGAUGUCCUUCUCAUUGGGGCGCUUUAUACAAAAUUUCCACAUUAGUUCCUGUAAGCAAAAGAUACUUUACAUAUUGACCUCUUGGCACAGCCUCAAUGUGAGAUACUCUAUUUUUAUAAUAAGCUUAUUAAUUUCCCCAAUGUCCCAAUAAAUCUAUUACUUGGACCCACAGGGAGAGCAAUUAUUCAGCCCUGAAUCUCUUGUUACUGAAUAUUGACUUUUAUGUGGUGUGCCUUUUUGCUAUCAAUAAGAAUAUUAAUAACAGCAAUGAAAAAUAAGGUGUUUUUACCUUUUUAUUAGCAAGGAGAAGUUUAAAAAAAAGAUUUAGUGGGAAAACAAUAAUACACAUUUUUUUGAAGCUACAUUUUUAUUUUGGAUUGAAUAUAUUCUAUUAUUUAAAUAUAUGAAGUUCAAGUUGGUUUUUUGCCUUUGUUUUAAAUAUUAUUUUUUAAAAUUUUGCAAUUGCUUGAUGGUUCAGGAUGUACAUAUAUAGUGCCCACCCACCCCCUUAAAAAAUUGAAUAAUUAAUUUUUUUUAAAAAUCAGUGAUCUAGUAUAGAGUAGAUUAUUUGUGCACUUCAUCCUGGAUGUUAUAUUUUGUACUUGGUCUGUUCAUCUUUAUCCUUUUAAAAAUUGUUUCCAAUAAAAAAUGCUUAUCUCUAUUUGAAGGGAGAUUGUGUCCAUGCUAUUAGAAUGUGAGGCUUCCCCAACUACCCGAGAUACACAGGAUUGUUCACCUCUGCACCUAGCGGCAUGGAAUGGUCACACAGACAUCUGCAACCAGCUUUUGCAAGCACCAAAUGGAAAUACUUUGAUCAAUUUGCAGGUACUAAUGCAAACUAGAAAAAAUGUUAGUGGCAAAAAUUUGUAGCUCAGAAUUAGCACAAACAUUUUUUUUUAAAGUUAUGACAAUUUUAUUGGAAAUUCUGCUGAAUCCAAUUUGAAUGUUAAGCUGCAUUUUUUUCUGUGCAUAAGAAUUUAAGUUUUUAAAAUUAAUUAAGACUUUAUUUAUUGGAUGCAAUAAUAUGUUUCAUUUUCUUUCCUUUUGUUCAGGAUUGAAAAAAAAUAAUAUAAGCACCUCUUUUUUAAAAAGAAAACUAUUUAAAAUAAAUCAUCUUGGCUUUAAAUGAAAAAAAAAAUAUUUUCCAUUUUAUUUCAGACUCGAGAAGGAAACACUGCACUUCAUUUUUCAGCACAACAUGGCCACAGCCCUACAUUGUCAUUACUAUUGCAGGUAACUGUCUCCAUAUCUGGUUAAUUAUGGGUAUUUAGCACUUUCUAAAAAUGGUAAUAAAGUCCAUAAAGUUAUUUUUUUUUUUCAUAGAUUUUUUAAUCUGAUAAUGAAUUUCCUUUCGUUAUUAUAAGCUGAAAACCACGAAUCAAGUAGAUAAAUACUAAUAAAUCUAGGUAUUUAAUAUUUAAUGCUGAAAAAUGAUUGCUGGACCAUUAGGGGUUGGUUGUGUUUUGUUUGAAGAUUGAAAGUACACAUUUUUUUGGUUGGUCUUACCUUGAUGUCAUAGGGGCUGGCCUGAAUCUUGGUUGGUCUAACAUUGAUGUCUUGGGGGCUGGCCUGAAAGUAUGUGUUUACUCAGUUGGGAUGAGAAAAUUUACGAAAUUUUAAAUAUUUUUGUAAUUGUUGAUCCUUACAUCAAUUAAUAAUUUUUCAUAUUUCUGGAAGUAUUUGCAUUUUGCGUUAACACUUUGGCGAUGAAGCUUUUUUGGAGUGUCAGUGCAAAAAAAAAUAAUUUAAAAAAAACUAUCUAUUUCCUUCACAUGUAUAAAACUGUAUUAUCUAUUCUUGUUUGAAAUUGAAUGAACCAAUAUAAAUAAUAUAAUCUUUAUGAAUCAAACUGAAAUCUCAACAGUUAUUCAAAUAAGCUGUACUGAUUUGCAUAAUUUAUGCAUGUAAUGUUUUGUUACACUUAGAAGAAACAUAACAUACUAGUAUCAUUUGUUUUAAUUUUUUGAUGGAUGAGGCCAGAAUCAGUAUUUUGGGAAACAAGAGGCACUUCAGACACCUUUGGCACAUGGUCUACUCCUUUUCCGACUCCAGCUAUUUUUUGGUUGCUACAGACACUCACUGUAACAGGCACCCAUUUAUGACCACCUCUUGAGCAGGGUGUUACUGAGAAAGUUUUUUUGCAUACCUAUUGUUUAGGGGUGUGCCGGAAUCCGGUCCGGAAUCCGGUUCCGCCGGAUUUUGCACUAUCCGGUGAAAUCCGGUUCCGCCGGAUUUACAUGUAUCCGGAACAACCGGAUUCCGGAAUACACCUGAUUUCGGAAUUUGCCAGAUUUUGUGACUCACCGGAUCAUAAUCUGAAAUAAAAGUAAUUCUCUUUCCCGAAUUCCACACGAUCACGAUACAUUAAUCGAUUGUUUCGAGCGUUGAGCUUGUUUAAUGUUUAAUAUUCCGUACAUACCAGAGGCUAGAGUCAGCACCGCUAAUAGUGGCCAAUAGUGUAGGGACUUUGAUAAGAAAAUUUAAACUUUUUGUAAAAAUAAACCAAUGGCAUAGUUGAAAAGAUGUAAUUUUUUAAAGAAUUAUAACACCAAAAUCAUAUUUUUAGCUGUUGUAGUUUUAAAGUUAUGAAUUUUUAAAGUACGACUUGGUUUGUCAUUUUUUAACAUGGACUGCAUCUCCACAUUCUGUGAUCUCAUUCCACCAAUCCCGUCAUGCGCAAUGACUAUAUAGUUUAUAUAAGGCAACGCAUUCCCUGCCUUAUCACUAAAAUACUGUUUAGACUUAGUUUAAACUUUCAACUUUGGCACAUGAAUAAUUAAUUAAAGCUUUCCCUGACCAAUGGUUUAAUAGUUUUUGCACACGGCAAACUCUUAUGAAUGAAACUCUGAGGUAGUACUACGAUACAGUUAUGCAAGUGGCUGUGAAUGGUUGCCAAUGACAACGUGUUGCACACGGUAAAUUCUGAUCAUUUAUAAUAUGGAUUCUACCGGGUUGUUAAAGCUCAAAUUAAAACAUUCCAGUUUAAAUGUCUUUAAAUGCAUUCUGAAACACAAGUUAUCAAUUAUUUUGAUGUAAAUAGUGAUAAUAAAUUAAUAUUUCCUAAGUAUCGUCAACUUCCGCCAUUAAAAAGGGGGGCGUGGCCAACCCCAUGGCGAAAUUAGGUUGAGCGAGCUGCAUAACCUGCUGCGAACGCGUAGAAACAUGGCGUCUCUCGUAAGACACUUAUCCAAAUGGAACGGAACUCAAAUAUAUAUCGAAAGUACUAAUUUAAUAAUAAAUAGACACACACAUCGGAAAAUUAAAAACUCGGAUUUUUUGGCGCCGAUUGCGAAUUCCCAUACACAAAAAGUAGUAGUCCACCUUGACUUACCGAAGUAUCUACCAAUAGUACCAAAAUCCGGAAUCCGGGAGAAACCGGAAUCCGGAUUAUUCCGGAAUCCGGAUCCGGCGGAUUUCGCAUAAGAAAAUCCGGAUCCGGAUCCGGUUGGAAAAAACGGAUCCGGCACACCCCUACUAUUGUUGGUCUCUCUCACAAACAUUCAAAUGAUUUUUAGUGUAAAAAAUAGCAUGAAGUACUCAGCUGGGGUGCUUAUAUUAAUAGGUCCUGUUUUGAAAAAAAAAAUCAUUGGGGUCAUCUCUAUCCAGUUCAGGACCCCUAAUAUCUAAACCAAGGGUUCUCAACAUUAUCAUCAACAUCAUCGUUUUGAUUAUCUUUAUUACAUUCCUGGUUAUUUUCAUCAGUGUCAGAUUCACUGCUAGAAUAUCCGAAUCACUAAGGAUAGUUUGAUUACUGUCACUUGUGACAGUAUGUGAUGACUGAUGUUUGUUAGUUUGUAUUGAUUUAACUUUGUGCCCUGACUGUCCUGUGUUGUUGUCAUGUUGUAUGACUGGACCUGGUUUUCACGAAUGUUUAAGCUUACAUGUGUGAAUAUUGGUUGGAGAACUGGAGUGAGGGUUCAUGUGAUGUCAGGUAUAAAAAUAAUGUUUAAUGGGGAAUAAAGGUUAGUUGUUACACAGACCACAGGCUUGAGUUGGUAUCUUAUUAUAUUACAUCACUGUCAUACAUUUUGGAUUUUAACAUAUUACUUCAAUACAAAAAAAAAUAAAAACAAAAGCUAGUAAACAAGGGACAGAGGCUGCCAUUAAAAUGCCAGGAUUUGCAGGAAAUUUAAGAAGUAAUUUGAUAAGCUAGUUAUAAAGACCAGCCUGUCAAUCUUGAGGUUUGAUUUAUCAAAGCCAAUGAAUCAGCCAUUCGUCUUCUUUGUCAUUCGACCAUGGGCCGAUUCCAGCAAUCCCAAGAGGGUUAAUUAUUUAUUUCAUUGGAAGCAAUUUUACAAGUGUUCGUUUGUCAGAAAGGGAUAAAAUUUUGUAACCUGAAGACUCAUAUUUAAAACAAAUUUUAAAAAGAGCUCAUUCUCAUAACCUUCAAUACAUUUUUUUAAAUGUCACUUUAUUCUUUUUUCUCAUUCAGAGACGAGCUGAUCCCACCAUUCGCAACCUGGAAGACUUAUCACCUGUUGACCUUGCUGCCCAGUAUGACAGACUGGACAUUGUCAAACAGUUGAUCACAUCCCACCCUGAGUUGGUGGCACAGCGAUCAAAUCUCAAUACCCCACUGCACCUGGCUUCUAGAAAUGGACACCGUGCAGUUGCUCAGUACCUGUUGGAUUCAGGAUUCCCUGUUGAUGCCAAGGUAAUGUUUUGUUCCAUAAAUUUAAAAAUGCUUAAUGUUUUGGCCAUAUUUAAGUAUCGGCUGUGACUGACCUAAAUUAUUUAUUUUUAUUGAUUUCAAUACAUUUAUCAGGUGAGCAGAAUUAUUAAUAUAUAAAAAAAAAAAAUGAAAGUACUUUUGUUCUAAAUUAAGACAAUGUUAUCUGAAAAGGAUGACCUACAGAUUUUAAUUACAAACCCCCAAAAACCCCCCACAUUUUUGUCUCAAAGAAGUUUUAACAUUUCUGUACUCAAAGUUAAUCAGAUAAUAAUCACUUAUCUUCCUUUUUUUUUCAACCUAAAUUUCCCUUAAAAUGUUUAGUAAAAAAAACAACAAAUUAAUAGAAAAUUUAAAAAAUACAAAGGUCUGUUAACAUAGUAAAUUAAUUCCUAAUUCCUGCACUAAACCUACUUUAUAACCUCAUGCACUAUUCCAAAUAUAAAUUAGCAGCUCCUUGGGUUAUAAGUAGAUGUUGUCAUGAUAAAUUGUAUAACAUGGCCAUAUUAUUGGAUUUGAGACAAGACAGCAUGCAGUAGUUGAAGGCACCAGCACCUACUGAAAAUAUUGAUAUAUAGAUUUUCAUCCUGUGUCAAAGUUUUUUUAGUUGAUUGUAAUGUGAAAUUUAAAGAAAUGUGACUAAAAUUGUGAAAUUAGACUUAAGAUUGUGAGGAAAGUAUAUGUGCACAAUUAGCCGUUAACUAUCUGGUAGUAAGAUUUAUCAGAAAAAUGCUAGUAAUCCACCAGAGGCCUGAUCCAAGUUUUAAGUAAACUGUUAAGUUUUGACAGCCUCUGUGACAUUUUUUGAGCCAUAAAAAUUCCAGAUAAUUUCUUUAUAACUAAAAAUACACAAAGCUCAUACAUUUACUCUGUAUGAAAGCCUUAGUCUAUGUUAUAUUUAGUAAUACUGUAUCUAACACAAGGAAAACUAACACCUCUGUUCAGCUUCAUGUCUAGAAAUUUAAUGACAAGCUACAAGCAAAAUAAACAACAUGGCCUCUCACGUCUCAUUUCAAGAAACAUGGGCGUCACCAUUGACAGCAAAGGGAAGCAAAUGUGACAAUACAAUGACGACAUCACGACAGUCUAGUCAAUUCAGUAAUAAUGUGCUUUCCAGUCAGAAUAUUGAAAUACAUUUUAUUUAAAAAAAAAAAAAUAAGUUGCUUAACUUCCUGUUAAAUUCUUGAUCAAUAUCUCAUUGUCAUCCUAAGUUUGUGUGUGUCAUAAGCAUGUAAUGUGUCAAUAACCAAAUAAGUACACACUUAACCUAUAUUAAGCAUGUUGUAUUAAAAUGAAAACUAAAUUGUUGUUUAGACAAAUUGAUAAUGUUAUCAUACACUCUGUGUUCAUGUAAUCCAUAGAAAUGCAUAAAAUGACUUUAACAAAAGUGCAUUGUGGGUGACACUCUACAGAAGAGGCACCUUGGUACAACAAAGAUUACAUAUAUGCUGUAUGUUCUCUUAGCAAAUGUCUAUGUCUUUUUUAAAGAAAAAAAAUAAUAAUUUGGUGUGAUUUUUAAGCUGCUACAGCACUGAUUGGACCAAAGUAAUUAUUUCAUGACCAUGAAAUAGAUGUUUCCGUUUGAUUUUCUCCUAAGAGAACAAUCUUACACCCGACUGGCCCAACUCGCUUUAUCAAUCAACUUGUGCUAUAUUUUAAGGGCCAUAAACCGAUUCGUAAUAUUGUGCAAAAUUAGGAUCUUUACUUGUUUUGACAUGCCAACAACCAAUAAGUCUACCUUAUAAGAUACUUUUCUCUAUCCAUUUAUUAGAAUUUUGUCCUAUGCAUGAAAAUCACGCUUCUAGUCUGGCAUUUGUGCCAUAAGCGUGAAAAUCACUCUUCUAGUCUGGCAUUUGUGCCAUAAGCUUGAAAAUCACUCUUCUAGUCUGGCAUUUGUGCCAUAAGCUUGAAAAUCACUCUUCCAGUCUGGCAUUUGUGCCAUAAGUUUCCAACUCCUGCUAUAUUCCUGUACAAACCCUGAACACAACAUAUUGUUGUAGAUAGUUUUUUAUGUACUGACUGAUUGAAUAAUACAUUGUGUUUGUGUGCUGUGUUAUUAUAUGCCUGCCAUCUAACCUGUAUGCCAUCACAGACGGACAAAGGAUCAGCCCUGCAUGAGGCUGCCAACUUUUGUAAGCUGGACGUCAUCAAGCUGCUCUUAGAGAGAGGUAAACAUUCAAAUAUGCAUAUGGAACACUGUCAAAAGACUAUUUGAAGAAAAAAAGUUUUUCAAUUUAAAUUUUCUUUGUUUUAUUUUUCAUUAUAUAAAUAGUUAGUCAUUAACUAAAAAAAACCAAAAAAAAAAAACCUAUCAUGUCAUUGAUUUUCGAACUGAAAAUAUUUAUUAUAAAAAAUGGAAAAAACAGAUAGUUGGUUCAUGUUAAAAAAUGAUUUUUAAAAUAAUCAAAACACAAAGACAAACUGUCCAAGAAACUAAAUUUUCCUAACAGCAUUUAUUGGCAUCCCUUUCAUGCACAUAUAAUGAGAGGAUGUAGUUCACAAGCAUGUUUUGUUGUAGAAAUAGAAACCAGUUAGGUAGGUAGCAGUAAAAUCACUUGUUUUGUUCCCAGAGUUAUAUUUUAGAAUGCACAUGCUUCUGUUUUCUUAAAUAAUAUAUAAUGCCUCUGAUUUGACAAAGGGGGUGUUUGUUUCAGGCGUAAGUUGAAUUUCAGUUUGAACACAUUUUGAAAAAAAUUAAAUAGUUAAAAACAAUCAUAUAAGAUUGGUUUAGAGAUACCUUAAAAACUGAAAAAUGUCAUGAGUAAUGUAAAAGGAACAAAAUGAAAUUUAAUAUGUUACUUGAGGCAAAUGCAUUUAUUUCCUUGAUUUCAGGAAAAGAAUAUUAUUAAGUGAACAAACUUUACAUUUGUUAAUUCCGUUGACAGGACAUACAAGGAUUUAUUGGCACUUGUUUAAUUUUAUUCUGUUCUGAAAACUAACUGAAGCUCUGAAUACUUCAAAAUUGCAGACAAAUACAAUUCUUUAAACUCGUGCAUGUCGUACAUAAAAUUGACCCUAAGCUAACAGAGUAUUGUUUUUAAAAACAAGUUAACGGUUUAUUUCACUUUUAGUACCCCAUCUGCUCUCUCAUAAUUUGUCAAGGAAUAUCUUUUAGCAUUGACUUAUCUGACACGUGAUUUUAAAAGUCAUUUUCUUAGCAAAAUGAUAUUGAUGAAUAAUGUUUAUGAUUAAAAUAUUUUAAAAAUAAACUGCAGAAUUCAGCUUUACCAUAUAUAAUUUUAACUGUUUUAAGAUUAUUUAUAAAAAGAGAGUACCUUAUUAUUGUUUUUUUAAAAUAAAGGUUUAUAUUUGCACUAUCUUAUGUAGGCAUCGACAUAACUGUCAAGUCUCAGACAGGCUGCACGGCAGAAGACAUCCUUAGAUCCAUACCUUCAAAAGCUGCAGAAGAUGCCCUUAACAUUCUUAAAGGUAUACUUUAUUUUCACAUUGACUAGUUAGUUGUGAAUUUCUGAUUUGUUUGCUUUUCAAAUAUAUAUUUUAAAAACUUGGCUCUAUAAAUUGCAAUUUUUAGCCCAAAAUCUCAAAAUCAAUUUGUUUUUAUUAAUCUAUGACAUCAUUGACAUAAUUUAAGAAUACAUAAUAAAAAAAAAAAUUUAAUUUCAUAUUUAGAUGUUAAUAAAAUGAAAUACAUAUUUUUACAAUUCUAAUUUCAUAAAUUUACACUAUCAUCAAUGCUACUGAAAUGAAAGUUCAUGAAUUUACCUUUUUCUUCAUUCAAUAAUAUUACUGUAAUUAGCUAAAAAUUAAAAAAAAAUGUAUUUGAAAUGUAAUUUGUAAGUGAACCAUGGUUUAUAAAUCCAAGACAUGCAUGUCCUCAAACCAUCGUCAUCUCUCAGCUCACAUCUACCAUCAACGAACUCCUGACUCUGACGGAGAGAGGGGAAUCGCACCUGAUCCCAGCCCAGACUUGCCCACUCCCAUUUCUGCAGCUCCUCAAGAACCCCCUCCGCCAGUCAAAGCUCUUCCUGUCCCUGCUGUCCAUCCCAACACUGUUGAAAGAAAAACCUACCUCCUCAAAAGGUGAGUUGCAGGUUUAUCUUAUUUUCCACAUGUUAAAUUAGCAAUGGACAUUAGUUUCCUAAAGGUGAAGAAAAGACACACCUCAUAUUUUUUUAAACUAAAAGUCUUAGAAUUUUCAAAUGCCAAAAAGACUUAUCAGUACUUACAUCAAAUGCUGUAGUGAUCAUGUACUAUUUUGUUAUUUUGUUUUAAUGAUUUAAUGGCUACAUAAAGAUUCUCUCAAUCUAUUAAUAAUUUUCCAAAUUCUUUUAUUGAUUUCUUGAAAAGCAAGUUUAAUAAGCUGUUUAAAUUGUAUGAGAUCUAAAGCCUUCAUUUAUCAGUACAUACAUUGUUCUUACCCAUGGCUUUCUUUCUGAUAUCCUUGUUAUAUCAGAGAGACAAAUAAACUAGCAGGACUCAAAUAGCUUAACUAAAAUAACCAAGUGCCGAGAAGAAAAUACUUGCCCUCUUUGAUACGUUUAUGCUGUGUAGCUGACAUAAUAACAUAAUUCAAUGUAAUUUUAAAUAGUUUAGUUUUGUGCUGUAAAUUUUCAACCUAAUGUUUUCUAAAUAAGUAAAACAUUUUUGUUGUAUUGUUUUUAUUUCCUUAAAGUUUCACUUACCGUGCACUUCACGUUUACAUUUAUUCAACUUGAUCAAAGUUUGCCCAGAAUUAUUUUCCAUUGACUUAUUGUUAACAGACUGUGAGGAAUGCUUGAGUCUUGUUUAUCACAGGGAAUAUAAUGCCAUGCCUAGAAUUUUAAAAGAUAAAGUUUGUAAUUCUAUUCUUAUAAAGGUGUUCGUAACAAAAUUUUCAAAAAAAUUAGUUAAGAAUUCCUUAAACAAAAUUAAUGCUCCCAACUAUUGGGACAUUAUAGGGGCCAUCCUUAAGUUUGAUAAUUUUCAUCUUAAAUUAAUUUUUGCAAUGGGGCAAAGUUUAGCAUGAAAAACACCAAUAACAAUUUUAGCCUUUACCACAAAGCACACGUUUAAUAUGCAACACAAAGCAUAUAAUUAGUUCUGUACCUCAAAAUCCACAUUUUCUUUCAGACGUCGAAAUGUCGUAACUUGGGUGUAAGAAUGGCAUGUCUUUAAUUUAUUCAUAUUUUAAAAGGGCACCAGGUUGCAUGCUCACUUGGACAUUUUCACACUUGGGCAUCUUGACAAAUGUUCACAUCAUUAGUGUGACUUUAUAUCAAUAUGGCUGCUCUGUUAAUUAAAUGAAAAAUUUCUGUCUAUUCACUUAUCUUUACCUUAGUGAUAGGAUUGAAAACACUAAAUUUGGAGCUGGUCAUGUGACAUGAUUUCCUGCACCUUGAAUGGCAUUUUCUGGCUAACUAACAAUAAUUCAUUUAAUAAUUUCAGGAUGUUAUCCCUUCCUUUUGUUAUUUACUUUCUGUGGUCAACUGAUCCAAAGAUUCAAGAAACUGAUGACAAUACUAUCUAUGAUAAAGUAUUUCACUUCUCCUGCUCUGUAUGUGUCUCUCAGCUUUUGAUUCCAUUGCUAUUUCUAUUCAGUGCCUCUGCUUUCUCUAUUUUUUCUUAAGGUCAUAUUUAAAAAAAAAAAACAAAAAAAAAAAAAAACAACCAUAACCAAAGACUUGAACUUGGCAUGGUCAUCCUAGUGUCCAGUUGUAUCUGCUUCAUUCCUAGUUUAGUUGUAUUGAAUACAAUGUAUGUCUGUCUGCAAUCUUAAGUGUUCCUGAUGUCAUGAUGAAUAUUAGAAUCUAUUGGAAUAAGCAUGGGUGCUGUAAUGAUUAUUUUUUGCAUAUAGAUUUUCUCAAUUAUUUCAAACAUUAAAAAAAAUACUCUUCAAAUUAACAUGCUUAUUAUCCAUGAGUUUUUUGUUUUUUUUUAUAUUCAACAAAAUAUUUAAUCCAUGAUUCUUGUCAAAUAAAUCAAAACCCAAAAGAGCCUAAUAAAAAUUAAAUGGAAAAUUAUAUUGAUAUUUAAUAGCCACAGAAAAAAAAAUUAUGUGUGCUGAUUUGUAAACUAAUAUUUCAAAACUUAAUCUUUCAUAACUUUCUGAUUUUUUUAAAAUUCACCUUAGAAUUAUACCUGCAUGCAAAUGUGUUUACCCAUUGCCAUGAUAUGUUUGCUAGCAAGAAGCAGCACAGAGCUUGUGAUGUCGUGUUUUUCUCUCACCAGUCUUCCACCAAAUGCUGAUCCUUCCUUACCGCCACCCAUUCCGCCUCGCCACUCUGUGAGGGCACCUGACAGAAGUGACAGUUUGAGUGAAACAAGUAAGGCAUGA